CCUUUUUAAUUGAAUAAAAAUACGAGUUACUAAUGGCAUUGAAGUGAAAAUUAAUUAACAACAGAAACAACAACAAUAACAAGUAUUAAAUUUACAACAGAGAGUGUAAGCAAAUCGCAGCAGUGUAGUCGAUGUGAUGCCAUCGCGACGGGCGGGUGGCGGCACAGUGCGACGCAAGCACGCAAUUGGUAAUCUACGUCGCGCACAUCCCGCCUCGGGUGCCACAUGGAAUGUGCAGGUGGUGCGCGGUAAAAUGUCAUCUAAAUGCCUCUGGCAUGCAUGUCGCGCACUGAUACUGGGCUUAACGCUGAUGGUACUUGGCGCCGGUAUGGCUAUAAUAGGCUAUUAUGCGGACUACCUUUCUACGGGCUCUGAGCUGCGCGGCAAUGCAACGGUGAGGGUCAAAAAUGAUCUAAAAGGUUUCCAUCUCAACAACCUAUCCUACGUUGGACCGAUUGUGAUGGGCUUUGGUGGUUUCAUAGUUGUAGCUUCUUGUGUUAUGACAUUCGAGGCGCGCGACUCGGCGGCUAAGGUGGUGCCGGCGCGUUUUCGUGCCGGAACUGGCGGCAGUAAGUCGACGGUGCGUAGCAAUCAGAGCAGCGCAACUUCACAAAGGCGUGCCAUUGGCAUUCAACUGCAAAGCACGCGUUGGGAUCAACAGUUCGGCGUAUUUCGCACAUCACCCGCCGAACCGCCACCUCAGGUCACGCCACAGCCCUUCGAUCGGGAGGCGCUUACAGCCGAGCUUAUCAAAUUCUCCAAGUCACUCAGCGCAUCCGCUCGCUUUUCUCCACAACUACGACGCCUCACCCACACUGGUUCUGUGCCAAAUCUCUCCACACAUGUCCCCCAUCCCAUCGCUUACUCCACUAACCUCUCACAUUUGCUUUCGCCGAAUCACAAACCGCUCCUGUUGCUGGAACAAAAACGUAACCGACACCAUCAUCGGCAUCAUCAUCACCACCACCACCACAACCACAAUCGCAAUACGCACACCAGCAGCAGUGGACGGCAGGUAAAGACGCGUGGGUCGCGCAUUAGCAAUAGUUUGGUGCAACGCAAUACCCGUGAGAAUGGUGGUCCUUGUGCGUUGCUUCAGCCUCCAUCAACCAACAAACUGUACUGGCAUGCAGCCUCUUUCGAUGAUGGUGCGCGUGUGGAAAAGCCGUUAUCGCGAGCUACGGUAGCCGAUAUGGCGCGUCGCUCGGACACAGCUAAACGUCAUGUGCUGGCACGACAAAAGCCCAUCGAACAGGAAGAGGACAAAAGUAGUCCGCUAGGCAAUCGCAGAUCCUCUACAAUGUCAGACUCAUCGUAUAGCGGCCGCUGGACGGCACGCUGCGCAUCAAUGGCUAGCCGCGCCUCAAGCAUCGAUUCACGACGCAUUCAAGUUGAUUUGCAUAGCCCUGAGGUCAUGCCAAAAUCCAUACUGCGCUCACCGAAGAGGUAUAGUUCAGGACCAUCGGCAACACCAUCGGUGGAGAAGGAAUUUAGAAGCCAACUAAGCGUUUGUUCAGAGCCACCUGCAGCCAUACACCAACUAUCCGGUCAAUCGAGCUUGGAACCUUGUUUCCCUGAAGAGAACAUCGAUAAUACAGAUGAAAAAUCGCCUGCCAGCGUCAAUGGCGUAGCGUUAUCACCGGAUGCGCUUAACGUUGCCAUACAAACUGUUUCGAUGACAUCUGUGCACCAAGUAGAGGAUUGUGCGUCGCCGCCGCCCCCUCUGCCCAAAAAAUUGAAUAGCAUCCUAAAGAAGGCACGUCCCGAAACGCUUUCGCUCGCAUCAUCCAGCGUGAAACCCACUAUAGCAAGUGAAUUGAAUAAAUCGCUCUGCCGCAGCAAUUCUUCGCGCACAUUCUAUCGACCAAAGUCCCAACUGCCUAACGAAUCAGACGAUAGUAUCUUCUUUAUACGUUCGUCAAGUGAGCGACAAAGUAUCGAUAGUAAUGACCUAUACGAUUCUGUGCAGGUAAUAAACGAAAGGCGAACAACGCUGUUGCGUACAGAGAGCGAAGCAGCGCUAAGCGGUAGCGUGCAAAAAGCUGGAAGCUUCUCGCUUUUAACUGAAAUACCCGAGCGCGCGCAAAAUAAUUCGAUAGAUGUGGAAGAUUGUAGUAAUACUACUGGCGUUGAUGACGCAACGAUGAAGGCACAAAAAGAAACCACCGUGGAAAUUGAGCCUGAGGAAACAUCACUACCGUUAAAUCAAAAGCAGGAGUCACAAUGUGAACCAAAGAGUACAUAAAUCGAAUGUAAUGUAUGUAUGUAUGCCGAUGAUCUAAAUAGCAAAUAAUAACUUAUUUAUGUAUAUGUAUGUAAUGUAGUAGAAGCCCUUAGAAAUAGGCACGUUUUAUACCAAAAGUUCAGAAAACAUAGGCAAGUACACACUAUUUACUAGCGUUGGUAUACACAUACUUUGUUAUAACUAGAAAUGAAACUUCAAUUAAAUCAGUUAGUGAAUUACGAUUAACAAGUAUAUUUAUUAAGAAAUUCAAACAAUUGUUUCAAACUAAGAUAAAGUUACAUACACUCCGAUGCAUUUGAAUAGGGACAAUGCUUUUUCUUGCGUUUCUUUCUGGGUUAUUUUUCUUUUAUUUAAUUCAGGGCCAGAAAAUAAUAGUUAUUUUCAAAAUUUCAAUUCUAAAAGUCAGUCGGAAAGAAUUAGUCUUUUUAACAUUUGUAUAUAGCAAUGUGAUGCUUGUUCGCCAAGGAAUGUUAA